GAUUUUGUCUGGUUCAUUAUCUCCACAGCUUCAGCGCUGUGAAACGGUAUUUAAGCUAAGUGAAGGUUGGACAUCGUACCAUACUCGAAUCUCGACAAGAUGAACAAGAAACUGUGCAUUCUACUCGUGCUGGUCGUAUUCUGCUCAGCCACCUUGGCCGGCAAGAGCAAGGAAACAUCAAAGGAAAAAUCCAAGGAAAAUUCUAAGGAGAAAUCCAAAGAAGAUUCUGAUUCGAAGGAGAAAUCCAACGAGAGCUCGUCAAAAGAGGUGCCGAAUACAGAAGCACCGGCUACGACGACUGUAGCUUCGAGUGAUAGAUGUGCCGGACAGCCUGAUGGCACCAUACUUCCAUCCUUAACCGCCUGUGCCAAUUUCGUCACCUGCCAAGGCGAAGCCGAGACUGCUGAAGCUACUUGUGUGCCGAGUGGCACCAUUUUCGAUUCGACAAGAGGGGUGUGCGAUUAUGAGCCCAAUGCACUAUGCACGAUAGAAGGUGAAACCACGACCGAAGCAGCUGCUCCGGAACCAGAACCAACGACUGCUCCGGAACCAACGCAAAACGAGUUGAAGGGUAUGUGCAAAGGAGUUAUCAUUGACAUGAUUUCUCAUCCUGGUAACUGCAACAAGUACAUCAUUUGUGUUCUGGGCAAGCCAAACAUCCAGUCUUGUGGAAAAAAUCAAGUGUUUUACUCAGAUAUUAAGCUCUGCGCUUUUGGUGAUCCUAAAACUUGCUAAAGAAAAUUGUAACAAUACUAUACUCUCCGGUCAUGAAAUAAAUCAAGCACUGUAAAAAGCAAA